AUGGCCGAAUCGCACGUCGCAUCACUCGAAGAGGCCCAGGCGGCCCGACUGCCGCUGGGAUUCAGGGAUCAGUGCAGCGCGCUGCUCAUCCCGCUCAACAAGUGCCGGAAGCAGACGCUGUACGCACCAUGGAAGUGCGAGGAUGAGAGACACACCUACGAAAAGUGCCAGUACGACGACUUCAUCCGCCGACAGAAGGAGCUCUCGGCGCUCAAGAAGGCCCAGCUGGAAGCCGCCGACGAGUAG